GUAAAGUCAUGCUGAUUAUUAUAAAAUGGAUUAUAUGUUCUCUGUUUAUUUGUUUGGAUUUUUGUUCACUUGUGUGAAAUAAUAUCUAUUAGGAAAAUAAUGUAGGAGCAGUUUAAAAGUGUUGACAGUUAACCUUUUUGUUCAUUGCAGAAGGUGGAAUCAGAAUAAAUGGAUGACCAUAUCAACAUCAGCCAAACUGAGUCCUGGGAAAAGCCUCUUCUCUGUUAUGAGUUUAGUAACAGGUCUUGUCAGAAGUUUGUUUAUCCUUUGGAUACUCGUAUAUUGCUAUAUAUGCUUUUCAGCAUCUCUUCAAUAAUCACAAUCAUAGGAAACCUGCUGGUGAUCAUAACGGUCGUUCAUUUCAGGCAGCUUCACACGCCGACUAACUACCUCAUCUUGUCUCUGGCUGUGGCCGAUCUGCUUGUCGGAGGAGUUGUGAUGCCUCCCAGCAUGCUGCGCUCCAUCGAGACCUGCUGGUAUCUGGGAGAUUUGUUCUACAGAUAUUACGCCAUAUGUCACCCGUUCCAAUAUCACAGUAAAAUGACGUCGCUUGCCACAUUGGUUAUGAUUAUCAUCUGCUGGACUGUUUCGGCUGUUCUGGGCUUUGGCAUGAUCUUCAUGGAGCUGAAUAUUCUCGGUAUUGAAGAUUUUUACUAUGAGAACAUCAGAUGUGAUGGUGGCUGCUUUGUGUUUCAGAGUAAAACCGGAGGAACUGUGUUCUCACUGAUCUGUUUUUAUAUUCCUGCAUUUGUCAUGCUCGGUGUGUAUCUUAAAAUCUUACAUGAAGCUCAGCGGCAGGUUCAGGCCAUCCAGAGUGUGAAUUCUGAACUGAAGAAAGAGGGAAAAGCCACUAAGACUUUAGCCAUCAUCAUGGGAGUCUUUCUGACAUUCUGGAUUCCCUUUUUCCUCUGUAAUCUCAUUGAUCCAUUAAUCGGCUACUCUGUUCCUUCACUAGUCUUUGACUUGUUCCUGUGGGUUGGAUAUUAUAAUUCCACCUGUAAUCCAAUAGUGUACGCCUUCUUUUACAGCUGGUUCAGACAUGCUUUCAGAGUCAUUCUGUCCAAAAGAGUAUUUCAGACUAAUUCUUCAAGAACAAUAUUGAUGUAAUAAUAAAGAUGGUCAUGUUUAAAUACAGUUUUGUACUUCUUAACAGACCCUUUUCACUAAAAGAAGUGCAAAUCUGUUAUUUUAAACGCUUGUAAGUCUGGCCUACGUGAUCUUAGUGCAUAUGAGUGCUGUAUAUUUUGUCAUUCAGGGCACUUGUGAGUCCACAAGUGUUGAUCUUUUCCCCUCUCAAGGACACUUAUGAAUCACUAAUAAACAAAAAUGCUGUUACACAUAUUUCCGAAUGACUUUUUAAAAUCUUUUUAUGUCACACUAAAAAUUUAUUCUAAUACAAAACUAAUAUUGACAUUCAAAAUACUGUAUGGUACUACCGGGUGUAUAUUUUUCAUCCUUGCUUGUAUAUGAAUUAUACACCGUUCUUUCUUUUAAAAAAAAACAUGUUAUCUUAGUUAUUAUGAAGAUUGUGUUUCCAUAAAUCAUUUACCUUGUUUCUCAUUUCGGCUUGGUAAACUCUGGCUGAAGUGAACCACAAAAUUUUUUAAUUAAUUUAAAAAGAGAUGAUUUUGAAAUAAAAUCCAAGAUAAUCUUCAUCAAA